AUGAACUUGACUCAGAGCCAGCUGCUGGAAGACUCCCACAGCCAGCCACUGAAGGACCCCCACAGCCAGCGGCAAGAAGACCCCCACAGUCAGCUUCUGGAAGGCUACCUCAGGCGGCUUUACAGCCUGAACCCCAGAGGCAGAGUUUCAAGAAGGAGGAUCAGGUCCACGUAUGCCAUGGAGGAGAAGAUCAGAGAAAUGCAAACAUUUUUUGGUUUGAGAGAGACGGGUGGUCUGAAUCCUCACACCCUGAAUGUGAUGAAGAAGCCCUGGUGUGGUGUUCCAGAUGUGGAAAACUUCAGCUUUUACCCUAGAAAGCCUAAAUGGAAGAAUCACACCAUCACAUACAUGAUAUCCAAAUACACUCCGGACAUGAAGAGAGAGGAUAUGGAAAUGUCCUUUCGCUCAGCACUAAAGUUAUGGAGUGAUGCAGCACCGCUGAAGUUCAUCAAAGUCAACCAUGGCAAAGCUGAUAUAGUCCUCAGCUUCGCACGCAAAACUCAUGGAGAUUUCUGUCCCUUUGAUGGACCCCGGGGUGUUCUGGCUCAUGCCUUUCAGCCAGGAGAGGGGAUAGGAGGGGACGUGCACUUUGAUGAGGACGAAACUUGGACGGCGGGGAGGAAAGGUUACAGUCUGUCUGCAGUUGCAACUCAUGAGCUCGGCCACUCGCUGGGUUUGACUCACUCAAAAGACCCCUCUGCUAUCAUGUACCCCAACUACAGAAUUCAGAGCAGUACUCAGUAUUCUCUGUUCAAAGACGAUGAGCUUGGGAUCCAAGCGCUGUAUGGAACACCAAAAGGAAAAUUGGCAACAGAACCAGCCCCUGAAAUAUGUGGCCCCAAUUUUUCAUAUGAUGCAGCAGUUAUGAUUGGAAAAGAGAUUGUUUUCUUUAAGGACAGGUACAUGUGGAUGAGAACAAUGCAGAAAACGUUUUGGAGUCGCCUGAGAGAAAGCCACAUCAGCACAUAUUUACCCAGCAUCAGUUCUCACGUGGAUGCCGCUUAUGACAUCCCUGCCAAAGGCGUGGCGUACAUAUUCACUGGUCAUAAGUAUUGGGUGGUUCGAGAGCUUAAGAUGAAAAGUCACGCCCGCUCCAUCCAUGAGUACGGCUUCUCCUCCAGAGUCAAGCAGGUUGACGCGGCCGUGCAUGUCAGUGAAUAUGGGAAAACUGUCUUCUUCAUUGGAGAGUUUUAUUACAGGUAAUCCAUUUUUUAUGAUGAAAAUUUGCUUCCUAUUGCAACAUUAUGUAUCUAUCAC